AUGUUUGCCAUAAUAAAAUCUGAGAUUAUAAAAUACCUGGAAAACACGUCAGUGAGAGGGUUGCCGAAGAUUUUGAAAUCCAAAGAUAUUUUUCUCAAACUUCUUUGGCUCCUCUUCUUCCUAGCAUCAACCAUCGUCCUAGUUUAUCUUCUGUGCCUGUUGUUUAACAGAUAUUACAUGUGGCCGAUAACAACGCAGUAUGGGGAAAAAAGAGAUCAGUUUUUAUCAUUUCCGGAUAUCACAGUGUGCAAUUUAGAUUUUUUGGCAGAAGGCGAGCCAGAAGAUUUGUCUAUGCGAGAUUAUGCGCAAUUUUUAAAUGCGUUAAAAGAGAAAACAAAAAUAGAGUCAAAUUCAAAUCAAAACUGGUUUAACAACGAAACAAAUUUAACUUUAAAACUUCAAUUUCAAAAAUCGGUUUUAGAAGAGCUUUCCUCGGUGUCAGGUUAUAUAAUUAAUUUAAAAAAGGAUCGUCCAAAACCUGAUAAAUGUUUGAAUUUAAUUGUUGACUGUAAUUUUUUCGGCACUGACUGGUUUCGGACAAUAGAUCUGUGCUCUGUCAUCAAUUUCACCAGACGUUGGAAUGCAAAUUACUACACUUGCUACACGUUAAAAACUAGCAAUUUAAAGCCAACCAACUCAAAAGUACUAAGAGGAUUGAGUCUGAUACUGAAUGUUGGUCCACUUAAUUACAAGCAGUUGCCAUAUAAAUCUUCACUAACCAAUUCUCAGGCCAGAGGAGUGCAGGUGAGUGUUCACAGUCCUGGCACUCCUCCCGAUCUCAAACGAGGAUUCAACGUUGCACCUGGAACUGAAAACAUUGUCGAUAUUGUUCAAACUGAAAAAUCUCGUUUGAAUUUUCCGUAUAAUAGGUUAGGCUGUACAUCGGAAUUCAUGAUGCCCAAUUCAACCACAGAAAAGUACAAAUCCGAUAUAUGCAUAGAAUACUGCCAACAAAGAAUUAUUAAGGGUAAGUACAAAUGUUUCUCACACCUCUUAAGCAUACCCGACGAAAGUUUCGAUGAUGGUAUUGUGUGCGGUAACUUUAGUUUGGUUAGUAAGAGUUCGGAUGAAUCAGAAAUGCUUAGUUAUUUUUCGAACGCGUUCUCAAAUUUGCUAAAUUCUCUACUUCAUUUGGCUUUCUUCGUUGCAUAUGAAAAACAGUGCAAAGAUCAGUGUUUAUUGCCAUGCAGUGAGACAAUUUACAAUGCUUAUUUAACAUCAGCAACAUGGCCUCAACCUUCGACGCAGCUUGAUAUGUUUAAAAAAUAUUUUGUCGACACUAGAUGUAUUGAAGAUUCAUGGAUAAAGACCAGAUACAUAAACUAUUUGAAUGCCUACAACAAAGCCAUCAACAGCAGUGAUAUUGAAACAGUUGAUUCCAACUUGACGCAAAUUUACGAAUCUUUUCUUGAAAUAAAAUUUGUGAUUAAGCAGAAUUUUCCAUUUUAUCAGAGCGAAAGUUCCACUUACACGUGGGAUGUGAUGAUUGGAACGGUGGGAGGAAUGUUGUCCCUCUGGCUGGGGAUAACAGUCGCCAGUGGGGUGGAAAUCAUUGAACUCUUCUACGUGCUUUUCAAACAUUGCUGGCAGAAAAAAACUUCUUUGCCAAUAACAAAAGAAAACAACAAUACAAAUAAUAAUACCACUAACCAAUUUGAUAUGAAAGAAAGUUCGUCGCGAAAGUACCUAUCGACAAAACGAGGUAAUUACGAAAUAAAUUCACACAAUGUAUAA